AUGGUACUCCUUGUCACAACGCCAACCAUACUCACAGCCCUACAGGGCCUUUCGCCCGCGUCACGCGAAAAGCUGGGCUUGCAGCAAGACAAAACUGUCGGAUCACCCAUUUCGCAUGAGCAAUUGAUUGCGUUGCGGGGAGCAUUUAAUGAGUUAAGGAAUGGACAGAAUGGAAGUCCUCAUACCCUGGAUUCUCUCCUGAGGGGAACGCAGGUGUAUAUUCCCCCUGCGCCGCCGAAGCCCGAACCAUCCCCAGAAUACCUCGCUCUCAAAGCCCGUCUCCAAUCCCUCGCCGAGAAACAGGCGUACAACCAACUCAUCGCCCCCUCCUCGACGCACUCCAACCCCUACGGUCCAUCACCCAUUUUUGCCUCUACCAUCAAUGACAGUGACAUGACCAAUAACGAAGAAGAAGAAAAUCACGACCCCAUCAGUCCUUCCCUCGUCAUCAACAUAUUCAUGUCCAUCUUGCUCUGCGGCUUUGCGACGUUUUGGGCCUUGAAGAAUUUCCAGACGCCUUCAUUUUUGGGUGGGGAUGGCACCACUGCUGCGACAGGAAAAGAUCCGGUAUUUGUUUUGAUUUCGAUGUUUGUGGGAAUUUUGGUUGGCGUUGCAGAGACGGUGGUUUAUGCGUCCUAUUUGAGGAAGGUUAGGCAGGCGAAGGAUGCGGAGAAGAGGCUGAAUGAGAAGAAGGAAGUUGUCUCAUCAGAGGUGCUGUCGAAUCUAUCGAAUUCUAAGGGGCAUGAAGAUGGUUUCAAUGAAGAAGUGAAAAUAUGGGGCAAAGGCAUCAACGGCGGCGUGCGGAGAAGAAUCAGAGAGCGCUGGGAGAAUGAGAAGUAG